CGUCUUCUCAUCGCUCGCAGCUGAAGUCUAUUGAGAUAGACGAUCCCAUCGACCAGACAAGAUGUCGCGAGCUUCAAAACUGCAUACCCUUGCCAGACUUAACGAUGUUACGCUUGGUUCUUUCUCAAAUGUUCCAUCAUCUGAGACAUUAAAUCAUUUCGUGCGGUACCUGAGCACCUGGAGCGGUAGCGACAAGUUUUUUACGCUCAUACAAUACACACUUAAACUGAUAGUGCCGUUCCUGCAUUGGCGCGCACGACUUCAGCACCGUGCCGGUAUCAGGAAAGAUGCGAGCAGCCACACUGCCCCUUUACUAGCAAGUUUUGCCAGCAUUGUUGGCGAUGCUAGAAUGUUGGGUAGAUUUUGGGGUCUUCUGCCGAUAUUUCAGUGGAUGAUCUCCAUGGAGCGCAACCCCCCGCCAACUCGUACGUUGCACACUAUUGAGCGACUUCAGGGAUGGUCCAUGCUUGGGUUUUACCCCCUUGAACAUCUUUAUUACUUGCGAGCACAUAAUCUGAUUCCCACCUCGAUUCCCUCGCUUUCCGCUAUACUCGGUCGCGGCUCCAAGCGCAUCUCAUUGAAUGAGAAUAAAUUAGUUCUCUGGUCUUGCCGAUUCUGGCUGCUCUACAUCGUGCUUCAAUUCGCCCACUUAAGAGAGGAUAGAAAACUUCUAUUGACGAGACAGAAGAAUUUAAGAAAGGGGAAAGGCCUUUCUGUCGAGGAUAAAGAGGACCUCCGAAAACGAUGGGACUCCCUUGGGAAUGAAUUGGUAGCCAACGCUGCAAAUUUACCCUUGGCCCUUCAUUGGUCUCUGGAGAGUGGUAUCUUCAAAAACGACAUCUGGGUCACCAUUUUGAGCCUCAUCAAUGGGCUCGCUACGUUCAGAGGCGGCUGGAGAGCAACGGCCCUGCCCUCUAUCAAAGCCGCUGCAUCCCCCGAUUCCUCGAAUACUGAUACGGUGGAGGAAAUCAAGUAUUAGGACUGGGUCAGAUUACUCACUCGCUGUGACUCACGUCACAACUGAGGCUUGAUAGAAUAAUUGGUAUUAUAUUCAUCAUUCUUUAAGAGAUCUGUUCUGCAGUGCAAUAACAUAUUGCCGUCGAUAGACAUUCUAGUAAUGAGGUGACAGUUUAAUGACCUGGUGAUAGGGAAAAAAACCUUCACAUCAGCAGGCCCCGGGAACAGAGGGUUUGCAUGAUCACAGGGACAGAUUUAGACACUGUUGUGGUAACCACUUGACUAUGACCGGUUAAUUUUUAAUCAUGGAGUGAAUUCAAAGUGUCUCGAAUAGGAGCAGCUAUCUAUAUUUCAUCUAUUCUUCGAGGAUUGC